AUGGAACUCGAGGAACACCAAAACGGAGCAAACCCGCCUCAAAACGACACUGAAACAACAACAAUUGACAACACAACAGCCAACCAACAACCUCAACAAGAGGACGCCUUUGUAUCAGCCUCUGAAUCUCUCUCCGAAUCAGACCACCCGACGACCUCAAACGACACCGAGAAACCCACACCCAAAUCUCCCAAAACUGAAGACACAGACAUUGAAGACGAUGAAGAUGAAGAAGACCCACCUCCUAAAAAACAAAAACAACUCUCCUCUUUGACGCAAAAGCAAGAGCUACCUGAACCCAUGACGGCAGCAGAAAUCGAAAACAAUAACGACAGCAAUGGAGCCACCGAAUUCAAUAAACCAACCCAAAUCACCCCAACAACAGCAACAACAAAAAAGAAGUCGAAGAAAAAGAACAACAAUAAUGUCUGGGUUACAAGAUCCACACGCAAAGGCAAGAAAAAAACGAAACCAAACCCACAAAAUACACCAUCAGAAGACACUGUUUUAAUCACUCCAGUCCCAAGAUGCCCUGACAAAAGCGACGACACCCCAGACUUAAAAAUUUGCUUAUCUAAAGUAUAUAAAGCAGAAAAGGUCGAAUUGAGCGAAGAUAGAUUGAGUGCAGGGAGUAUUAAGGGGUAUAGAAUGGUGAGAGCUACAAGAGGUGUAUCUGAAGGAGCUUGGUAUUUUGAAAUUAAAGUGGUUAGUUUAGGAGAAACCGGGCACACACGACUGGGGUGGUCUACGGAGAAAGGGGACUUGCAGGCGCCGGUUGGAUAUGAUGGAAAUAGUUUCGGGUAUAGAGAUAUUGAUGGGAGUAAAGUGCAUAAGGCAUUGAGGGAGAAGUAUGGCGAGGAAGGGUAUAAAGAAGGGGAUGUUAUUGGGUUUUAUAUUAGUUUGCCGGAGGGGGAAUUGUAUACUCCUAUACCUGCUCAUUUGGUUUGGUAUAAAGGGCAGAGGUAUGUUUGUGCUCCUGAUGCUAAGGAAGAUCCACCCAAGAUUGUUCCUGGUGAGAUUUUGUUUUUGUUGUUUUGUCUACCGGGCUUGAAGGAUGAGGUCAUGAAGAUCACUCCCGUUCAGAAACAAACACGUGCCAGUCAAAGGACCAGGUUUAAGGCCUUUGUGAUUGUUGGCGAUGGGAAUGGACAUGUUGGUUUGGGAGUUAAAUGUUUGAAGGAAGUUGCCACUGCUAUUCGUGGUGUGAUUAUAUUGGCCAAAUUGUCGAUUAUUCCUGUGAGGAGAGGGUAUUGGGGUAACAAGAUUGGGCAGCCACAUACUGUGCCUUUUCGGAGUCAGCUUUUUGUCCUCCAUUCUGUGUUUAUGUUUCAUCUCAAGGAACUCUUCUUUUAUGUGUCAUUUCCACUAGAGGAGGUUGUACUUAUGGCUUUGCCUUUCUGGGUUGGCCACUGUUUAUGGAUGUUUUUGACAUGGUUGAGCUCUGGAGGAGUGGCCACUUUUGACUGUCUUUUGAAAACCUAUGGUUUCUUGACGCCCGAUUUCUGGACGGAGACUCGCUUUACCAAAUCUCCUUUCCAAGAGUACACUGAUCUACUAGGAAAGCCAACAAAAGCCCUCGUCCUUGAAGAUGUGGAGAGAGUGGAGGCCUGA